AUGGAGUUUUUCAACAGUAACAUCUACAAACCUUUUCUUCUGACUGGUUUCCCUGGCCUUGAAGACUCACAUCCUGUGAUUUCCAUUUUGUUUUGUGCCCUCUACCCAAUUGCCCUGAUGGGUAACACCACCAUCUUAGUGUUUAUUCAGGUGGAAGAGUCACUUCAUGCACCCAUGUACCUUUUUCUCUCCAUGCUGGCUGCUAGUGACCUGGGACUCUGUGCUGCCACCCUGUCCACCCUGCUCAAGCUUUUCUGGUUCGAUAUCCUUGAAAUAGACUUUGCUUGCCUCAUCCAGAUGUUCUUCAUCCAUGUUUUCUCCCUAAUGAAGUCUGGCAUCCUGCUCACCAUGGCUUUUGAACGCUACGUGGCCAUCUCUAAUCCACUCAGGUACACUACUAUUUUGACUAAUUCCACGAUUGCAAAGACAGAUAUUAUCAAACUCUCUUGUUCUGACCACCGCAUGAAUAGCAGCUAUGGCCUCAUCAUCCUCCUCACCACCUUUGGAGUGGACUCUGUACUUAUUCUCCUCUCUUACUUGAAGAUUCUGGUCACUGUGCUAGGUAUUGCCUCCCGGGAAGAACAAUUCAAGGCCCUUAAUACUUGUGUCUCCCACAUCUGUGCUGUGCUGCUGGUCUACAUCCCCAUUAUGGAUCUUGGCCACUUGUCUGUAACCACAUCCAACUCCGCAUCCGCUCGCCUCAUUGCCUCCUUGCUGACCGGUGUACCAGGACUAGAAGACUUCCAAAUCUGGAUCUCCAUCCCUUUCAGCUUCAUGUGUCUCCUUGCUGUGACAGGCAAUGGCCUGGUUAUGGCAGUGGUGGCUUGGGAUAGAAGCCUCCAUGAACCCAUGUAUCUCUCCUUAGCCAUGCUGGCACUCAAUGAUGUCCUCCUUUGUACUGUCACGGUGCCCAAAAUGCUUCUCAUCUUCUGGCAGGGCCCUUCCCCAUCAACGUUUCCUGCCUGUCUCACACAGAUGUUUUUUGUCCAUGCUCUGUUCCUCUCUGAAUCUGCUGUUCUACUGGCCAUGGCUUUUGACCGCUACGUGGCUAUCUGUGCACACCUCCAUUAUGCAACUCUCCUUACAGGCUCUCUCAUUAGCAAGGUGGGCCUGGCUCUGGUGGCUCGAAGUGUGGUUGUUGUCAUCCCAGGUGUCCUCCUCAUUCUCCGACUGUACUUCUGCCGGAGCAAUGUCAUCCGCCACACCUACUGUGAGAACAUGGGCAUUGCCAAGUUGGCCUGCAACAGCAUUGCCCCUAAUAGCAUUUACGGGCUCACCGCUGCUCUCCUCACCACCGGGCUGGACUUUGUCCUCAUCUCCCUGUCCUACUGGUUAAUCUUGAGAACAGUCUUCCGAUUACCUUCUAGGGAGGCCUGGAUGAAGGCCUUUGGAACGUGUGGAGCUCAUAUAUGUGUCAUCUUGAUAUUCUACACUCUGGCCUUCUUUUCCUUCUUUACCCAUCGCUUUGGAAACCAUGUGCCCAGGCAUACCCUGAUUCUCCUGGCAAACCUGUACCUACUGGUGCCACCUAUCAUGAACCCCAUUGUUUAUGGGGUAAAGACAAAAGAGAUAAGGGUGUGA